AUGGCAAAUAACUAUUACCAGCAGGCCAACGGGUUGCCUAACGGGGCCCAGUAUUGGUCUCCAGAGAACCAAGCUGUUUAUCAGCACCUCCAACAACAACAGCAGCAACCUAGUGGUUCGCAAGGCCAACAAGGACUCCCCAGAAAUGCUCAACCACAAGAGCAAGAGCACACGCAACUCCAGUUUGGCCUCGGACUUACGGGGCAACAGCAGCAGCAACAACAACCACCACCACAACAACAACAGCCACAUCAGCCUAUUUCUCAAGGCCCACCGGUCCCGGCUCAAGUCCAUGCGCAAGACCAACAAACCCAGCCGACGGCAACCGAUGCAACACAAAGCUCGAAAAGAGGGCGAGGCCGGCCCAGGGGCACAAGCACGCGCCAGCCUGCUGGUGUACGCAAGUCUCGGGCCAAGAAAACCACUACAGCCGCCUCAACCUCAACCACAGCCGCACCUGGACCUGGCUCGACGGCCCUGCUCGCGACCGCAUCGGCAGCUAUAGCAGCAGGACCUGCACCUCCGUUAUUACCGGCCAAUCCCGCAAACCCUCGUCCUCCGGCACGAAGAUUCGCCACUAUCGUGACGCCAACCCCGCGCGAUGAGGACCUCGGCCCUCGCCCACCCAAUCUCGACGACCCCGUCUACCAGGAGCUUUUAAAGAUGCAAGACCGAUUCUACAUUGAUCAUGAGCGCUGCCUCGAAGCUUUGCUCGAUGUUGCCCUGAAGCUAGGGUUCGGUGUAGUCAUCAAACGUUCGAAGCGCGAGGACACCAAGGAGGGGGAGCCGCCUGGCCGCGUCUACAGAUAUGACAUGGAGUGCACCGCGGGCAAAGUGCGAGCGAAGGCCCUGGGCGUUCGCACUGUCGCGAGAAAGGACUGCCCGUGGACGGCGCAGAUAAUCAGCGAAAAGAAGAAUGGUAAUCUGUGGCAGUUCAAGCUCGUAGAACCCAUGCACAACCAUGCGCCUUUCCCCGACGCGGCCGCCAUCCCCGUCCACCGGAGGCAGACGCUCAAGAAGGUGGAGCAUGCCGUCAGACUACUGGGCAAGCAGGAGGGCACCACAAUCAAAGACAUUCUUGAUUUUGUCAAGACGCAGUAUCCGGAUAGGCCGCUAAAGCCCGAGGAUAUCAAGAACUUCUUUGCAAAGGAAAAAAAGAAGGCUGAGGGUGGCACCGUUGAUCUCAACAGCGAGUAUGCGGGCGAGAGCGGCGUCGCGGCGGAAAAUGGGGGUGGUGAUUAG